CCAGGGACAUUGGGAAUUCCAGGGGCACUGGGAGUUCCAGGAGUACUGGGAAUUCCAGGUGCACUAGGAAUUCCAGGGAUUCCAGGUGCACUGGGAAUUCCAGGGGCGCUGGGAAUUCCAGGCCUGGCCCAUGGGCAAGGACAGAGAGGAAACCCACGGGGAUGGAGGAGCUGGGCCCUUUCAGAGUAA